GCUAUUAUAGUGUUGCACAAGCAGGUCAGGCUGUCGCAAAAAUGGCUGACCAGAAACCGACAGUGGAUCCCGAAGUCCCUUUUGCAAAGAGGAUAGAUCCAAACAAGGAGGAUCUUACCAGGGACGAGUUCUACUUUAUCAGACAAGUGGAGCUCGCGCAAUGGAAGAAGAAAUCGCAGCAACUCAGGGGCCGUAAUAUUGCAACAGGACUUGCUAUCGGAGCCAUUGUAAUGGGUAUUUAUGGCUACACGUUUUACUCAGUGAAACAGGAGAAGAUUAUGGAUGAGCUGGAUGAGGAGGCCAAGGUCGCGAGGAUGGGGGGGGCAAAGACAGGCGCCAACUGACUUAAUGAUCAGAUGGACUGAGCUCAGAUCGACUGUGUGGUGUGCCACUGAUCCUAUCGCCUGUAGGCCUACUUGCACUGGAAGGGACUAAUGCUGACAAAUGCUGGUGCUACAUCUUAUUCCACUGCUAGCCACUGUCAAGGCAGCAUCGGGCCCUGUUUUGCUCUGGUAUAUAGACUUUUAUGUGGUUGUGUUGCUGACUUAAGCGUCUUCAUGGUGAUUAAACAUGCUUGUCUGUAGAAAGAAUUAUCUAUUGCCCCCGAUUACCCCCUUAUAAUUUCAGGAUCCUGUGUCUUGUUCAUUAGGCACCAAGCGGAUGGCAACAUUUAUUUAAAUGGUUUCUGUUAAGUGCCCCAAUGAACAUGACCCUAUUCUCCUUCCUUUUCUUCCCAACGAGUAGGCACUUGUGUAAAAUUAUUUGUAUUCCCUUCAAAUCAGCAUCAAAUGAUUUCUCCCAAACUAUAAAACUAAUUCAACCUAUAUCAGUAAUGUUAAUUCUACAGUGGCCUUGAAAUAGGUGGAAUUAGAACAGCUCAACUGAGACAAAGAAACACAUUUAUAUUGAAAUAUAUUUAUGUUGAUAAAGGAUUGAGUUUUACAUUUGUUAUAUUGUAUUUGUUUUUUCACAACAAUAAAUGACAUCUUAUAGCAAGGUCAGUGUAAUGUUUCAUACACUGAUAUUGCCACAGUA